GCACAGUGCGUUUCAUGUGAGGAAACGUAGGCGGAAAACGUUUUGCGUGAUAAAAGAGCGAUAGCCUAGGCUACGGACGCACAUGCACGCAGUUUAGAGAGAAUACAGUAUAUUCUGGUCGUAUACAGUAUAUUGGAGAAGUAGCCUAGGCUAUGCAGCCCGAUCUCCCCUUCAACUCGCGCCGGUCAGCUGUUGUUUGUCUACAUGGCUGUGUGGCAUCAAGUCAACCCUUGGCAUCAAACAUUGGUCUGGACAUCUUGAAGAGAGGAGGGAAUGCUGCUGAUGCUGCUGUGGCUGUGGCUGCCGCCCUGGCCGUGACAGAACCCUGCAGCUGUGGGAUCGGUGGGGACAGCUUCUGUCUGUUCUAUGAUGCAAGCACAGGCCAGGUGCGCGGCCUGAACGGCAGUGGCCGGGCUCCCAGGGCACAGACAGUGGAUCUCCUGGAGAGGUAUGGCUACAGUGAGUCUAACCCGAUCCCAUCCUUCCACGCCCUGAACGCCACCGUGCCGGGGGCCGCGGCCUGCUGGUGUGACACCGUCCGCCUGUUUGGCAGUCAGAAGCUCUCUCUCCAGGAUAUCCUGAGGCCCGCCUCUGACCUCGCCCUGUGUGGAUUCCCCGUUGCCCAGGUGACCGCGCACCACUGGGCCAAGUGGGUCCGUACCAUGAGGGCUGCUGGGAGGGAGCUGGGAAGAGACUUCCUGAUUAAGAACGAUGCGCCCAAACAUGGACAGGUGUUCUCCAACCCUCAUCUGGCCCAAACUUUCCAGGAGCUGGGCCAGCAUGGUAAAGUAGGGUUCUAUGAAGGCAGAGUGGCGAAGUUGAUUGUUGAUGUCAUCAUUCGGAACGGAGGAGUGAUGAGUCUGGAUGAUCUACGUAACCAUGACAGCGAGGAGAUCAAACCCAUCCACACUGACUACAGGGGUGUGAGGCUAUGGGAAGUCCCUCCUAAUGGUCAAGGCAUGGCAGCACUCAUGGCCCUCAAUAUACUGGAGAACUUCCCCAUUAAAGAGAUGGGUCAUAACAGUGCAAGUUACCUCCAUGUGUUGGCUGAGGCCCUGAAGCUGAGCCUGGCUGAUACAGUCCAUCACUGUGCUGACCCAGAUCACGUUAAAGUCCCUCUGGAGAGUCUACUGUCUAAAGACUACAGCCUGCAGCUCUCACACACCAUACAAAUGGACAGGGCCAGCGUCAUGGCGGAGCGUGAUGUGCCCACAGGAAGUGACACGGUGUAUUUCACGGUGGUGGACGGCCAGGGCAACGCCUGCUCAUUCAUCAACAGUAACUACAUGGGCUUCGGAACUGGUCUGGUGCCUGAGAGCUGUGGCUUCUCCCUGCAAAACCGAGGUGCUCACUUCUCUCUGGAGCGUAGCCAUAGUAACUGUGUAGGGCCGGGGAAGAGACCGUACCACACCAUCAUCCCGGCCCUGCUGACCGACCCCGCCUCUGGACGCCUACUCUGCUCCCUCGGGGUCAUGGGAGCCUUUAUGCAGCCGCAGGGCCACAUACAGGUGUUGCUGAACAUGCUGGAGUUUGGGAUGAACCCCCAAGAGGCGCUAGAUGCCCCUCGCAUGUAUGUGCAGCAUGACAAGGCUGCCCAGCAGUGGCGUGUCAAUUUGGAGGUGGGUGUUGACGAGGGUGUUGCUGAAGACCUGGAAAAGCGUAGCCAUGUGGUUUGCUGGCCUAUCACUGGCCAUGACCGGAGUCAGUUUGGGCGAGGCCAGGUCAUCUCAGUAGGGGAUUGGUGGAACCUGUCGACCCAGGAUGCAGAGCCCAAUGUUAGGGUGUUGUGGGCAGGAUCAGACCCCAGAGCUGAUGGUUGUGCCCAGGGGUACUAGUGACUAGGGCUGCACAAUAUCGGCAAAAAAUAUCAUUGCGAUUUUUUUUUACCAAAUAUUGCAAUUGCGAUUUUGGCUUGCGAUAUAGAUCUAGAACUUUUGGAAUCAGUGAAAUAGAAUGAUUUAUAUUAAGAAACAGAUAAUAAUAAUAAUAAAAACAGAUGUGACACGCAGCUUAGUGGCGGUUCAAAAUAUUGCACCCAAUAUGAAUCUCUUGCAAAAUGGAUAUUGCACAUGUCAAUAUUGCGAUUUUGAUAUGAAUUUGAAUAAUCGUACAGCUCUACAUUCUUCGAAAAAAACGAUUCCAAAAGGGUUCAUCGACUGUCCCCAUAGGAGAACCCUUUUUGGUUCCAGGUAAAACCAUUUUUGGUUCCAGGUAGAACCAUUUUGUGUUCCAUGUAGAACCCUCUGUGGAAAGGGUUCUACUUGGAUCCAAAAGGGUUCUACUUUGAACCAUCAUUCAACGUGUUCUCCUAUGGGGACAGCAGGAGACCCUUUUAGGUUCUAGAUAGAACCUUUUUUCUGAGAGUACUAGUGACCCUCUCCCCUCCCUAGGGGGAGCUAGAGAGCUCACAUAAUCUUUACAGUAUGACAGUGCACUACACUUGUCCACUCACUGACCAUGUUUACAUGCACAUCAAUACUCAAGGAUUCUGUUUUUGAGUUGAUGCAUGUAAACAUCAUAUAAACAUUAUGAGAAACCCGGAUAAGAUGCCUGUUUUUGCUUAUAAUUUCUGACAUUUGGUAGGCCUUAUUAUCAUUUCCAACAUUUGGUAGGCUAUUUGUUUAUCACCUAUAGUUUGAUACAUGCAGCUUCUCUUCUGUCAUUAUUUGUUGCCCCAGAAGACUAAAUACAGUAGUGCUCACCAGAAUAAUGUUUUAAAUCGAUAGAAUGCAUUAGUAGUCUAGUUAGCACCAGUAAAGUUGUCUGCUUCGCUGUAGGGACCGUGGAGAAAACACAAUAACUCCAAAACAGUGGUCUGUGCAAAAUGUCCAAAUGUCAUCAGUUUGACCGGUUUUAAGAAAAUUAAAAGCUGAGAAAAUGACAAAAAUAUGUUUCUGAUAAGACUUCAGUUCAUCUUAGGUGGGAUUGAAAUACUGUCUGCUUGCAUAACAGUGUCAAAGAUAACACAUUACACUCGCAUUCACAUUUCUAAAGAGAUGCUGAAAGAAAGAAAUAAUGUUUCUCAACUCCUGUUCCUGAGACAACAUUAACAUUUGUUGUGUAAUUUCACUUCAAGAAAUGCAUAAUUCUGCAGGAGUUAAUGUCAUAUUAUACCACAGCGUUGUUGAAUACUCAUUUCUGAUUGGCUAGAAGGGCAUUCUAGGAUGGACAUUAAAACCAGGUAAAGGCACAGUUGAAAAAGAUAUCGAGGCAGUUGGAAAAGAUAUUGGGACACCUUGCAAUCAUGACGCAAUAAGCGCCUACAUUUUUUUAUUUCACCUUUAUUUAACCAGGUAGGCCAGUUGAGAACAAGUUCUCAUUUACAACUGCAUACCUUAUUUCUAAUUUACAUAUGCAGACCGUACUUGCUACAAAGUUACAGAAAGCUAAACCAACAACCACACAAAACGAAAUUGGAUACAUUGUAAACACAGGUCCAACGAGGAAAAACUUAGCUAGCAUUGAUUUGUUUUUGCAGAGACUUUUUUUUUUGGAGCGUCUUGAUGACCUAACGUGGUGAGUGGUGAACAUGAAUUUCUCUGGUCCCUACAGUUGCAGUCAUGACACAAGUGACGCUAUGCUGUCAAAUCCUCCCACGUUUCUAGUUUGACUAGCUAUUUUCAGCAACUAAUAUUAUUUUUUUGGUUGUCAUAUUGGCAGGUUUGCUGGGAAACAAAACAUUUAGAUAGCUUCUAGCCUAGUUUUUGAUAUGCAGUGUGGUCUCCUCGUAAUGAACAGUGUCCUGAUGAGAUGGCAAACUUUUCUAGCUAUGCCAGGCAAAUUCAGGCAUCAUCAGCUCAUAGUUAUGGAUGUAUCUGAAUUAAUGUCAAUAGAAAACAGCUACGUUGCUGUUAUUCUGGCCCAGAUGUCGUGACUGUUUUAGCCGUAGCUAGCUGGCUAGUUAGAAAGCAAGGGAAAUUAAUUUUGCCAGCGAGCAUACCAACAGAACAUAAAGAACGAACGACAAGGUGGUGUCCAUAAAUAUCGAACUGAUUGAACGAAUGACUGGGGUUGCAUCUUUAGCAACCAAAAUAUAAAUAUGAGAAAGUAUGAAUUUGCUUAUGUAAAUGAAAAGACAAAUAAAAAUGUUUUUAUUUCUACCGGUAAA